AUGGCAAUGUUGCAAAGCAUGGAUAGAAGAAUGAACAAAAUGGACCAAACAAUCCAUGCUAUUCAGGUUGGAUAUGAAGAUUGGAGAAAACCUAAGAAGAAGUGGUUGCCCUAUGAUGAGUAUAAAAAUGCCAAGGAAAAAAAGUAUGAAAAAAGAGGGAGGGACAUUUAUCAAAGAGAGGAACCACCGGUUGAGAAGAAAUCUGAUUUUGAGACUAUGCUCACCCGAUUUGCAGCAGUAUCUAAAAAAAGGCACGAGGUAACUAAAGCAGCAAUUAAAGAGCAACAAUUAGUAAUCAAAGAGCAACAACUUAUGAUGAAGGAACAACAGGAGAGGAUGAAAAACCAGCAAGCACUCUUGAGAAAUCAGCAAGCUUCGAUCCUAAAAAUAGAGAAACAACUUGGGCAACUAGCUACGCAAUUCAAUGAAAGAGCACCGGGAGGACUUUCGGGAAAUACCGAACAAAACCCGAGAGGAGCACACAUUCAAGCCAUCACAACUAGAAGUGGGAAAAUUAUCACUCACUUAACCCCUAUUGACAGAAACGAACCUGAAGUAGAACAGGAAGAACAAGAAGAAAAUAAAGAUAACAAGUUUGGGCAAUCACCACGACGUGGUGGAUCUACCACGGCGUGGCAAGACUCUGAGGAGAAAAAUACCGAGCUGGUGAAGACAUAUCAUCCACCACUUCCCUUCCCAAGCAGAGCAAUUCAAGAGAAGCAUGCUGAAGAUUACCGAAAGUUCUUAGAUCACAUAAAAUCUCUUGAAAUCAACAUUCUAUUCCUUGAGGCUUUAGUUGAAAUGCCAAAGUAUGCCAAGUUUUUGAAGGACCUAUUGACAAACCAAAAGAAAAUGGAAGGAUUAUCAAAAGUUAUACUAAAUGAAACUUGCUCUGCUACAAUGCUAAGCAUGCUACCAAAGAAGAUGGGGGAUCUAGGGAGCAUUACUUUACCAUGCCAAUUCGGGAAUCUAGCAACAAGUCAUGCUCUAGCCGACUCAGGAGCAAGUGUCAACUUGAUGCCAUACUCAUUCUUCAAAAAUCUUGAUCUUCCCGAACCGAUACCGGUCCACAUGCUUAUCCAUCUAGCCAAUAAGACUAUAACCUUCCCAAGGGGCAUUUAUGAAGACCUACUAGUGAAAGUAGACAAGUUCGUUUUCCCAACGGAUUUUAUUAUGUUGGAUAUGGAGGAAGAUGAGCAAGUCCCGAUCAUUCUUGGAAGACCAUUUUUGAGCAUCGCCCAAGCUUUAGUUGAUAUAAGGGAAUCCAAGCUUACGUUACGUGUUGGAUAG